UCCCCGCCUGCAAACCAAGCCAGUGGGGCCUCGGCUGGCUCCGAGGUGGGCCGGGAGGAGUUAGGCGCUCCGUGUAGUUUCAGCAGCGGAGGAAAGAGGCGGGAACGCUUCCUUCGCGGUUCCCGGGCAUGAACCGCGCCGGCUUUUGCGCGUCCAGGGACUUGAGCCGGAGGUCGGGAAAGAGCGCCCUGAACGAGGGAACCGAGACCUUCCGAAGAGGGCCCCGGCGCGGGAGAUGUGCUGCUUGCCGGCGGCUCCUGGAGCAGCAUGUUCCCCGAUACUGGCGCUAACACCUCCUCCGGCAGGUGCAGCGGGCAGCUGGAGCCCGCGGUCGGCUCCGGCGCUCCUGGAGCUCCAAGUCCCGGGGGCGGAGAAACCUGCAAAAAGAGUAGCAGCGUCCCAGCCGCGGCCGAAGGCGACGGCGAAGAGGACGAAGAAGAGGCGACGUUGGCGAGGGCUUCCGCCUUGCCGACCAGCUCCAUGCUGGCCACCGGAGUGGGAAUGCUGGGGCUGGCCGUCUCCCUCUUCCAUCUAGGGCAGGGGCAGCAGCAGCCGGAGGAGGAGGAGACCGGCGGGCAGCUGUACGUGGCCUGGCUCCUGCUCCGGCUCGUCCUGUACCUGGUUUGCGCUGCCAGCGCCUUCUUGCUCGGCAUCUUGGUGGCUAUGGGGAGCCGAAGUCGCGGCCGCCCCCGACGCCCGCCGGAUUUCCUCGCCGCUUGGAAGCGCCGUUACCUGGGAAGGGCGAGCUCUGCUCCCCUCUGGCGAGCUGCCGCGAACCUCUUAUCUGGAAAUGUACACGAACCAGUCCAGUCAAGGAGAGUGGUGAUUUCUCAUAACAUGGACAAAGCCCUGAAAGAAGUGUUUGACUACAUCUACCGAGAUUACUUUUUGUCUUGGUAUGGAAACCUCAGCAGAGAUGAAGGACAGCUGUAUCAUCUACUGUCUGAAGACUUCUGGGAGGCUGCCAAGCAGCUGCGGCACAGGCUCAGUCACAUUGAUAUAGUUAAAGUCAUUUGUAAUGAUGUAGUGAAAGCUGUGCUCAACCAUUUCUGUGAUCUCAAAGCAGCCAAUUCCAGAUUGGAAGAACAACCACGACCAUUUUUACUGCACCCAUGUUUGAGGAGCUCUGAAGAAGAAGCCAGAUUCCUGCAAGCAUGCUCUCAAAUUCUGGUCUACUGUCUUCUGCCCUCAAAGGAUGCUCAGUCUUUAAGCUUGAGAAUAGUCCUAGCAGAGAUACUUGCAGCAAAAGUACUGAAACCAAUGGUAGAACUAUUGAGUGAUCCAGAUUACAUCAACCACAUGUUGCUUGUGCAGAUGGAGUACAGAGAACAGCUGCUUGAGCAUCACAAGAGAGCCUAUACCUAUGCUCCUUCUUAUGAAGAGUUCAUCAAGCUUAUUAACUGUAACUCAGAUAUUGAGUUCCUCAAACAAUUAAGGUAUCAGAUUGUGGUGGAAAUAGUACAAGCAACCACUAUCAGCAGCGUCCCCCAGUUGAAACGUCAGAAGGAGAACAAGGUUAAAGAGACUGCUGCAAUGAAAGCAGAUCAUCUGAGGGCCAGAAACAUGAAAAGGUACAUCAAUCAACUGACUGUAGCAAAAAAACAAUGUGAAAAGCGCAUACGACUUCUGGGAGGCCCUGCUUAUGACCAACCAGAAGAUGGUGUUUUUGAGGAUAGUGAUGGUCCUCAGAGCCAGAAGAUACUUCAGUUUGAAGAUAUAUUGUGUAACCCAUCCUACAGAGAGUACUUUAAAAUAUACAUGGAAAGAAUGGAUAAGAGGGUUCUGAUCAGCUAUUGGGAAUUUGUAGAAUACUUGAAGAAUGCUAACAAGGCUGAAAUACCUCAACUUGUGAGUCAAAUCUAUCAGAAUUUUUUUGUGGAAAGCAGAGAAAUUCCUGUGGAAAAAUUACUCUACAAAGAGAUUCAGCAGAGCCUUGUGGGUAACAAGGGCAUUGAGGUGUUUUACAAAAUUCAGGCUGAUGUUUAUGAAACACUGAAGGACAGGUACUAUCCAUCGUUCAUUGUCAGUGAUUUAUAUGAGAGGCUGAUCAAGAAAGAAGAGAGGAGUUCCAUCCAGAUGGUAUCUGAUGACAAAGAUGACGUGAGACAAGUCUGUGAAGAAGUUAUUGAUGAAGGAAGCUCAGAAAUUAAUGAGCAGGCCAGUUACGCUGUAAAUAAGCUACGCCAAUUAAAUGACAAACUUGAAUAUAAGAGACAAGCUCUAAAUUCUCUCUGCAGUUCACCAAAACCUGACAAAAAGAUUGUUUCUACAUUGAAAGAUGAAAUCAGUCUGAUGGAGCGAGAACACAGUGACCUUCAAUUACACAUUGAAAGAACAGACUGGUGGUGUGAAAAUCUUGGCAUGUGGAAAGCCUUCAUUAAUACUGGGGAGGUUAUUGAAGAAAAUGGUGAACAAGUGCCCUAUUAUUCUGUCAUAGUGAUACUACAGGAGAUUGGCAGGGCUGAAGCAAAGGAGUGGACAGUCGUCCGAAAGCUCAGCGCGUUUCAAAGUCUGCAUCGGAAACUCAGCGAGUGCUUUCCAUCAUUAAAGAAAGCUCAGUUGCCUUCACUCAGCAAAUUGCCCUUUAAAUCUGUAGACCAGAAAUUCAUGGAGAAAUCCAAGAACCAAUUAAAUAAUUUCUUACAGAAAUUGCUUUCUGAUGAAAGGCUGUGUCAGAGUGAAGCACUUUAUGCCUUCUUAAGCCCUUCUCCUGAGUACCUUAAGAUUAUCGACAUACAGGGGAAGAAGUCUUCUUUUUCACUCUCUUCAUUUUUGGAGAGGCUUCCGGGUGAUCUCUUUUCUCAUCAGGAGGAAGAAACUGAAGAUGAUGAUUUAUCUGACUAUGGGGAUGAUGUGGAUGGGAAACGGGAUGCCCUUGCAGAGCCUUGUUUCAUGCUGAUAGGAGAGAUUUUUGAGCUGCGAGGAAUGUUUAAGUGGGUGAGGAAGACACUAAUUGCACUAGUUCAGAUCACUUUUGGAAGAACCAUCAACAAACAAAUUCGUGACACUGUAAAUUGGAUCUUCAGUGAGCCAAUGCUCGUUUACUAUAUCAAUACAUUCCGAGAUGCAUUUUGGCCAAAUGGGAAACUGGCAUCCAACACAAAGCCUACAAGUGAAGAGCAGAGCCAAGAGACAAAACAGAAAGCACAGCAAAAACUACUUGAAAACAUUCCAGAUACUCUCCAAAGUCUUGUUGGACAGCAAAAUGCUCGCCAUGGGGUAAUCAAAGUGUUCAGCGCACUUCAAGAAACCAAGGCCAAUAAGCAUCUUCUUUAUGUAUUAUUGGAAGUGCUGCUACUUGAAUUGUGUCCUGAAAUGCGAAUUCAUUUAGAGCAAGUUAAAGCAGCUCAGAUUUGAAUGUGCAGGUGAAUUGUUAAGAAGAAUGUCUGUUGGUAAUAAUAGACAUUAAACUUAUUUCCCUCUUUUCCAUAGAGGGUUGAUUGAAAACUUCUGAGAAUUUGUAUUUUUUUCUUUUUUUUAGACUUACACAAAGCAAAGCAGACUUGAAAAGAACAGAUGAUAGAGUAGAAUACCAGCAAUGUGUAGUUUCUGGCUUUUAUUUAACUUGUUAUAUGAUACAGAUUGAAAUGUGAAUGUUAAUAUAAGAUAUAAGAAACAUAAAGUAUUUUAAACAUUUAUGAAAGGUAUUUUGCUUUAGUGAUAUCUUAAUGGAUGUUGUACAGUUAUUUUCUUCGCUGAGGAUGCUGACUGUUCCUCUGUUUUCUUGUGUAUUGAAGAGCCUUGUUGUGCAAUAUAUGUAAAGAUACUGUUUAAAUUUUACUGCUUUUAUUUUUACCAAAGAUUUCCCAUAGUUUGGAGCCUUUGUAAGCAAUAAAUUAUAAAACUAGA